AGUCCUUGACCAGCAGCUUAGCUGUGCCGUUCGUUAAGCCAUGUCCAGUCCCACAACACAACCGAUCACCCUGGGAUUCAGAACCAGAGUCAACAGGUUGGUGUCAGCUUUUCGGGGUUGUUCUGCUCCGGAAGUGUCAACAGUCCCGUGCAAACAAAUAACACAGUUUCGUCAAAGGUGCCGCAAAAGCUUCUGUUCGUCUGUGAGUGUAGCCGCAGAACUGACGGCGGCCCCUGCGAUGCCAGCCGCAGCCUUCUAGAACCGCAGCAGUCCAGGCUGCCACCUACUUUCCACAGCCACUGAAACACAGGAGCUACGGCGAUCGCCCGGAGAUGCGGCCGCUGCGGAGUCUGUAGGAGCGGGAGCGCGCCUCUGACGUCAGCCGCCCACACCUAGUGCAGCAGGUGAGCGAAGGACCAGCGGCGGCGCCUCCUCACCUACUGGCUCACCCUGCCCCUUCACAACGUGGGCACGAUGCCGUCGCUGAAACUGUUCGGACGCAGAUGGCUGGUCGCCACCGACGACCUCGUCUUCCCUGGCCUCUUCGAGUUCGCCUUCAGAACCGUAUGGCUGGUGCUGGUGGGGCUGGUGGCGGCGCGCGUGUUCCCCGCGACGUGGCGCUGCGAGCGCGGCGGGCGGCUGGCGCGCGCCUACCUGGCGGGCGUGGCGGCGCUGCUGGCGCUGCUGCUGCCUCUGCUGGCCGCCAUCGUCAACCGCAGCGCGCAGGGCGCCGUCAUGGACACCGAGGCGCGCCGGCUCGUGCCCGCGCUGCUCGCCGCCAAAGUGCUGCUAAUCAUUCCUGAAGUUGGAUGGAACAUAAUGGGGACUAUAUGGGCCUUCAGUGAUUUAGUUGAAUGUGAGAGUGAUGAAAACUUUACUCGCACUGUCAUUGAAGCUCUUGUACUGUUUAACUGGGUGUUAUUUGCACUAAGUAUAUUUGGACUUGCUCUCGUAUUUGAUCCACUGGGCUCAACACGUUUGCAAGAUGAUGGUGUGUUGCACCAUAGAAAGGUGACAAAUCUCUGGGUACGACGUUUCCAAUGGGUAUUCUGCUGGGUUCGCAAGGACCGAAACUGUCAUGAGGCAUUCCAGCACAUUGCCAGUUUAUUUAGUGCAUUGCUGCGCAACACAGAUUUAGUACCAUCAGACUUCAUGGCUGCCCUUGUGUUACUUCGAGUGAUGCAGAAAAGAGAGACUCGUGAAUUACGAAGAGCUCAACUGUUGUCUGAACAGCAGGUGAAAUACAUCAUGGAUGCUAAGGACAUAAUGGCAGACUGUCCAAGCUGGAUGUCACUGGAAAGUGCACACCACUUCCUGCAGUUGGCCAUAGCCUCAUAUGGGUGGCCAUUUGUGAUGUACCGCUAUCCAGUAACAGGAAUUUGUCGUCUUACCCCAAAGAUGACUUGCUGUGCUUGCUUUAGGCAGAAGGCUGUUACCAUACGGGAAGACAAUUGUUGUUUGUGCCAUUUUGCUGGUGUAAGGUACAUGUCUGAACUAGACACUGAAGAUAUAUUGUUUGCAUCAUUUGAAAAUGAGUUAUUCCAGUUGCCAUUCUUUGUUACUUCUGAUCAUAAAACCUGCAGUAUUGUUAUUGUGAUAAGAGGAUCUAUAUCAAUGAGAGAUGUGUUCACUGACCUUACAGCUGGAGCUGACUAUCUUGAAAUACCAGAACUGCCUGAAAAUAGUAUGGGCCAUCGAGGAAUGAUACUAGGUGCAAAAAAUUUGAAGAAAGUGUUGCAAGAUACUGGUGUAAUAGACAAAGCCAUUGAGUUGUACCCACACUACAGUCUCACCUUAACAGGACAUAGUCUGGGUGCUGGAGUAGCUGUUCUCCUAGGUCUGAUGUUGCGUUCAAAAUAUCCUAACCUCAAGGUUUAUGCCAUUUCCCCUCCAGCUGGUGUUUUGAGUAGGGAAGCAGCAAAAGUGACAGAAGAAUUUACAUUUUCAAUUGGUGUGGGAGAUGAUUUUGUUAUGAGACUGGGCGUGGACAGCAUGGAAAACAUUCGAACAAAUGCUCUCCGUGUGUUAAAAUUUUGUAAACUGCCCAAGUAUCGUAUUCUUCUGAAUGGCUUUGGAUAUGCACUUUUUGGCAUACCUGCCCGUGAUCUGGAAACUACAUGGAAGAGUGAUGCACCUGCUCCUAACACAACAGGGCAUUUACCUCUGCUACUUAAUACAUCAGAGACAUUGCCCCCCAGUGAAUCUGCCGUUUUUGAGAGGGAUUUUACUGUUAGACGAUUCUCCCGCACACAGCUGUACAUGCCAGGACGAAUUCUCCAUAUUACUCACAGAAAGAAAACAAAAACUGAAAGGAAAAAUGGGACAGGUGGUCCUGACUAUGAGAUGCGCUGGGCCAUAGCUGAGGAAUUCACAGAAUUCCGGAUUAUGCCACGGAUGCUCCUGGAUCAUCUUCCUGAAAAUGUGUAUGACAUUCUUGGCAAAAUUAUUCGUGAUCAACAGAAUGUCAGGCCACAGAAACCAUAUGUUUCUAUUCUUUAAUGAAAUUGUGCAUUUGAUACAGAGAAGAAUCAGUCCUAUGUGUCAUUCAUUGUGCUCCUGUGAUAUCAAGUGUUAGUAGACCUCAGAAAAUUAACAUAUUAGCAAAGACCCAUUGAGUCUCUACAGUGCUCUGUGGUGAAGAAGUGACAACUAGCAUCAUACUGUAUUACCAUUUUCAUCCAGAUGCUUAGCUGUGUUUUGUGAGAAACUUUUCAAGCACCCAUCAUCAUACCAAUGUUGAAGAAUACUGUGACAAAGGCAUAUGCCACCAUUCAUUUGUUUAGCUUUAGUUGUAAAAAUUCUCAAGUAUUUAACAAUGUGACAAAGUAUUUCACUUAUUGAAGGACAUCAUUUAAGCAUCAUGAGCUGCACAUGAAAUGUUUAUUUGCCAAACUGGUAUUCAGGUGCGUAACCCAUUCUCAGUGACAUCUGCUACAGAAGAACAAAUUACUGUAUGUACAUCAAAUUCUACAAUGUGACAGAUGUAAAUAUAAUAGCAGAAAUGUAAGACUAGUUACAUCAUGUAUCUCUAUAGGAAUGACAUGCAUGUCAGUUAAUGUAUUGGGCUAUGAAAUCAUUCCUAUCACAUACUACAUAGGUUGUCAUGUUUGUUACUGCUGUCUGAUCUUUGGCAGUGGAAUCCUUAGUCACAUCUGUCAUAACUGUCAUUUACAUACAUAUGUGACAUGCAUUCAUAUAUGUAAAAUACAAUCUCAGUUGGAUUAUGAAAGUAGAAAAUACAAAAAGUAUAAAAUUGCAAAAUAAUCCAACAAAUCACACUGUAUGACACUGAUGUCAGACUUGAUCCAGAACUGUCACUUCCUAAGAUUUGACAGCAGUAACAUACUUGACAACCUGUGUGCUGUGUGAUACAAUGGAUUUUAUAUCCUAUUAUAUCAACUGACAUGCAUAACAUUCAUAUAAAGAUACAUAGUGUAAGUAGACUUAUAUUUCUGCCUUUGUCAUGUUGUAGAUACUGAUAUACAUACAGUUGUUUGUUUCUCUGGAUCAGAUGAUGAUGUGUUAUAUACCCGAAACACCUUUGGCAAAUAAACAUUUCAGGUGCAGCUAAUUGUGUUUAGAUGAUGUCCUUUAAUAAAUAUCUUGAAACUGUGGAGCACCAAGUGAUCAAGAUUUUUAAAGUAUUUCACUUUAUUUUAUAAUUCCAUUUUAUUUUACUGUGUAUGAUUGUUCCCUGAAUGAGACUGAUUACCAUAACAGCGUAAAUCUGUUUUAAAACAGAGAUUUCAAGUGUUUUCUUGUGUGAAAUCUCUACAAACUAAGAGACUGUAACGGACUCCUUGUCCUUCAUAAAUACAAGUGCAUAAACUUUAUAUAUUUUUUGUGAAUACCUAUAGCUUAUAAAAAGGUUCAUAUCAGUUAUUCACCAUAUUCUAUUUUAUUUUCAACUCUUGUAUAAUCUCUCAGAUAAGCUUAUCAGUAAGACAGAUUGCUGUACUUAUAAAAAAAAUGAACUGUUA